GGCUUAUGAAUUCCCAAAAUCUUAUGAUCCAAUAUAACGAAAACGAAUACUUCUCGCAACUCUCGCCUGAGGAAUCCAAUCUGAACACUCACAACCACCGAUAGAACUUAACCUCCGCGAACGAACCCUAGCUUCUGCCUCUUCAUCUUCAACUCAGGGCCUUAUCAUCAAUCAAUCAAUGGCAUCAACCGGAGCAGUCCCAUUCUGGAGGGCAGCGGGGAUGACAUACAUAACUUACUCCAACAUAUGCGCGAAUCUUGUCAGGAAUGCCCUGAAGGAACCUCACAAGACCGAAGCUAUUGCUCGUGAGAAAGUCCAUUUCUCUCUUUCGAAAUGGGUUGAUGGCAAACCUGAAAAACCUACUCUUCGUUCAGACACCCCAGAUGCUUGACUUGGAAUGAGUGGAAGCUAUGCAUGCGGAAUUCUUUGAGAUCUGCUGGAAGUUAAUUGACAUUUUGAACCUUGUGGAUUUUAUAUUUUCCAUUGUUGUUUUUUUGUCCAUGAUAUGGCACAUGCAGCAAUUUGGAUUUGCAUGGUUAGUCUUGUAAUAAUUAAAGUUUGAGCACAACAAAAUUGGGUCACAAGUUUAUGAAAUAAUUUUCAUGAUAA